UGCGGUAGUAGAACUAGCCUGAUGUCUGUGUAAGACCGUUCGCACAUGUACUGAUCGCGUUUGUGUCGAAGGGCGAUCGGCACACUGACGGUCGUGGAACCCUCUACAGAUAUAAUACGAUAUACAACGCGGAUUUACAUAUAGUUAGUAGGAUAUGUCUACGCGCACGAGAACGUAAAGUUUAUAUAAAUACUGUGAAGGAGGGUGUAGCCCACCCUAGCCGUGAGAUAAGACACACGGUAUAUGUGUUACACAUGUAAAACUAAUCAGCAGGUACAGCGAGAUUCAGGUGAGAUUUCAGGUGUAAACAGUGUAAGCGGGACGGAAUGAUACUGUACACACGCUCUAGGAACGAUGGGAACUAUUGUGUCAGAUCUAUAAUGAAGACAAGGAAUUAAACACCGCAGUGCUGUUGCUGUUUCUGUCGAUUAACAAGCCAGCCAGUCAAUCAGAUAUAUUGUUUGUGAUGUUCGUCUGGAAAAUAGUUUAAAUCAAUGAAAAUUGCAUUAGGAAUUCGAUCUAACAUUUCGUGCAUUGUUGACUUUUAACUAAUGUACCGGUAUCUUAUGACAAGUGAAUUCGUGUGAUUAAAUAUUAAUUUACACGUGUUUGUGUUGAUGUGACACUCGUAGUGCCAAGAUGAGCGGUUGCCCAUUCAGAAACGCUAUAGAAAAUGCCAAAGUGGCACAACAGUCGAAAAAUAAUAACAACAACAUCGAACCCUCUUCAUUGCCGAAUGGUAGUGCAAAUGGAUCUACGGACACUAUCAGAACGACGACAGCCAGUACUCAAACUGGUCAGGGCAAAAUUGGACAUGCGAUGUCCGACAACUACCUCGUACCGGGGAAAGGGACAACGUCAAGUGCGUCCCUUGGGAGUGAAAUGACCAGCUCGAGUAGAAAAACUAGUAACAUGUCAACUUGCUCAAUGGGAUCGGAUGAGACGGAUGGAGAGAAAAAGCUGGAUCUUUUGGGGUUGAUUGAGUCGGUGGGGACCCUCCUUCUACCUUCGACCGGGUUUAUCAAUAGAUCCUUCCAGAAUGUGAUCCGGACCAAGGAAGAAACUAUCAUGGAAAUUGUCAGGAAGUUGCUGAACUUUGACGAAAUGACUUUUGUGACGUCAUACCUGGAUCCGGAUGUGCGUCAUGCAGCUAUUAAUGAAACUCUUCUUCUUAGUAUGUCUGAUGCAGCGGCAGCGGUUUUAGACGUAAAACAGGAUACAGUUUUGCGGAUGCUUGGAGACGAAUAUGUUCAGCUCUGCCUCUCGGAAUACGGCCGUUCUCUUGGAAUGAUGGGAAGUAAUAUGGUAGAAUUUUUCAGCAACCUUGACGGACUUCACGACCAUAUAAGAACAUCUCCAAAGUUUGGUUCUCAAGUGCCUCCAUCUUUCCGAUGUUCGCAUACGUCAAAAGGAACCGUAGAACUCCAUUUUUACUCUGAACGCCCAAACCUCUUGGAGUUUUAUGCUGGGAUUGUACAAUCUGUUGCCCGACUCAUGUUCUCUGUCAAUGCUGAUGUUACUUUACAAGUUAGUGAGAAAGCUUCCAAGACACAUCAUGUGUUCCAUAUAAAACCAAGAGAUUACUCGAAUAAAAAGGAAUGUACAUUCAGUAACUUUCGGGCUUCCACAUCUGAUAAUCCGUCCGAUCUCAAGAUUGGCGUUGACACAUUUUGUAGUUCAUUUCCAUUCCAUGUCAUCUUUGACAGGGAUCUGAAAAUUACACAGCUCGGAUCGGCUCUCCUGAAAAUGAUAGCACCAGGGUUUGCAACAAAGGGACAGAGGUUUGAUACCUACUUCGUGGUUAAAAGCCCAAAGCUUGAGGAGUUGACAUUCUCAAAAUUGUUGUCAAGAGUGAAUUUUUCUUUUGCUUUAGAAACAAAAUCUCAGCAAAGAGGAGGACACCAACUAUCCCAGGACACCGUUCUUAAAGGUCAGAUGAUAUACCUGCAGGAGUCGGACGCAAUCCUUUUUCUAGGCUCCCCAAGUAUUGAGAAACUUGAUGAGAUGAUAGCGAAGGGGUUAUACAUAUCUGAUGUCCCUAUCCAUGACGCUACUCGUGACGUCAUUCUUGUCGGAGAGCAGACGAAAGCACAGGCAAGUUUGAAAAAACGGAUGGAAGAACUGAAGAAUGGUAUCAUCGAAGGUACUCAAGCUGUAGAGCAUGAGAAAGCCAAGAACAUAGAACUACUUGAGAUGAUAUUCCCCUCUAAUAUCGCAGAACGUCUCUGGAGAGGGGAGACAAUCGAUCCAAUGAAGAUUGAUGACGUCACGAUGUUGUUCAGUGACAUCGUCGGGUUUACGGCGAUCUGUUCGUCCUGUACUCCUUUGGAAGUGAUCAACAUGCUGAACUCGCUAUACACACAGUUCGACCAUUUCUGUGGUGUAGUUGACGUUUACAAGGUGGAGACGAUUGGAGAUGCAUAUUGUGUGGCUGGAGGACUACAUAAAAGAUCAAGGAGACAUGCCGAGCAGAUCUCCUUUAUGGCAUUAAGAAUGAUGGAAAUAGCCGGCAAGGAAAGGUCCAAGGACGGAAACGCAAUCAGGAUGAGGAUAGGACUCCAUACUGGUUCUGUUUUGGCCGGAGUUGUUGGAGUGCGCAUGCCCAGAUACUGUCUUUUCGGAAAUAACGUCACCCUGGCAAACAAGUUUGAGAGCGGAAGUGAAGCUGAACACAUCAACAUUAGUCCGACUACUUACACAUGCAUCUCAGAAACUGCAGGAUUUUCUUACACCCCACGAACUCGGAAGGAGCUACCAGAUGGUUUUCCUGAAGAUAUCGACGGCGUUUGUUACUUUUUGGACGAUUUUAAAUUCCCAGGGGCAAAUAAAGAUGACACGAGUGUCGAUCAUAUUGCCUUACAAAUGGAAGAGUUUCGGAGAGGGGAUGUUGUCUUUACCUAAUAGGUCUAUGUGUUUUUUUGAUUUUACCGUUCAGGAAAAAUCAAAUCUGGUUGUUGCGGAGUAUUUAUUUAUAUUUUCAUACCGUCCAGUUAUGUUACCCUUAAAACACUUCAAUGUAGACAUAGACAUACACUGACAAAUGUUAUUUAAAGUAAAUUCCUAAUCCUUUAUUUCUUUCUGAAGUAUGUGAAAUAUUUUAUUUUGAUAAUGAAUGCUAUUAAACCACGGAGGGGACAUGUUCCAUACGGAUAUUCCGUCACAUGAUGAUUUCCACGUGAUUUCUCUUCCCAUACAUGUUAUAGUAAUAAAGUACAUGUAUAUGUCAGUAUUUUUUGUUGUAAGUAUAUAUAUAUAUAUCUUAAUUGUGUUGCACUACAUGUACAGCUAUAUAUAUAAGAAUUAUAAUUAUGAAGGGAAUGCGACAAUCGAACAGCUUCCUUUGGGGAAAUGUUUUAGCAACGAAACAAACAAAGUGCGAUUUCAAUCUUUACCAUUUGGAAGACCGGGGAUGAUGUUUACUUAUGACGUAAUGUUGGUAGUAAUAUGUAAUGGCGUAAAAUAAUAUAGUUUCCAAUGCCUGACCCAGCUUUGUCAUUACGUAAUGCAAGACUGUGCACUUCUUCUGGGUAUCAGGAUGUUCAUGUAUAAUUAAUUUGAAAAUGGAUAGCCAUAUUAAGUAAAUCAAAUUGGCUUCAUUACCAAAAAAGUUAUUUUUAAAACGAUAAUUUAUAAUGGUAAAACAUUCUUAAAAAAAACAAAGUUUACUGAGUACACUGCUAUCGCUUCACGAGUUGUAUAAUUAAGAAAUGCUUGGAGGCAUUUCAAAAUAAUUAAGGUUCAAUAUUGCCAAAUACAGAUUCUAGUGCUGAACAUAACUUUUAAGCCUAGGUUUGAAUAUUUAUCUCCAUAGAUUAUUCAACUGUAGAGAUAUAUCUUACAUUGAUGUACUGGCGUGAUGUUAUGUGGAAUGUUUCGUAAACAAUGACAGCAGACAUUUUAUCUCUUGUUAGCGGUCUAGUGGUAUUAAUGAUUCUAAUAAAUAUAAUCUAGCUGCUCGAUAUUCUCAUUGUUUUCGAAACAUUUUCGUAAUACUAUCAGGAGAAAAAAUGGGAUAUGUAUUAGUCUGGGGACCAAAAUAAGCUUACUUCGAGAAUACAGUGUAUUCGAGAUAUCAGCUUCGUAUUAGCAAGUUAGAGUUAUUGGAUACUCCGAUAUACUUUCUGUACCGAAAGUGUCAAUAAGUCGAAAUAUUGUGAUAUUUGUGUUUAAAAUGAUAAAUUAUUGUUAUAUUUGACUUAACAAUGUUAUGUACCCCACCCGUAUUUAUAUAGUAAAAUGUUUCAUUAUCAUGCCAUUGUAGUUUCCCACAUAAAUAACAUCACAUUAAUUGUAUAGUAUUGGAUAUUAUAAACCCGUACGAUUGCUUCAAAGUGUCUAUCUACAAAUACAUACAAUAGGUCUCGACUGUUCGAAAUUAGGUACACUUGUGCUUAGAUUGUGACUGUCCUCGAUGACAAUGCUUUGGCACUAACAUUUCUUUCACAUUCAAGUCAUAUACAUAUCGGUUUCGCAUUUCUUUCUGUUGUUUAAUCGGAAAAAAACAUUUAUAUGUAUAUUCUUAUCUUUUUCAAUUACUAAUAUCAGAAAACAUGUAUCACGAAAUCUCAUUCUAGUGCAAAAUAGAUCCAUGUAUAUUCUUAUUUUUUUCCAAUUAAAGACUGAGACAUUUACAAAUGGCUAUCAGCUACGUAAUUAUAAAAGCGAUAUGUCGUUGCUAAGGAAGGAUUAUAUAAUCUUAAAUACAAAUGCAAUAUUCUUUGUGCAUGCUAAUCACGUAAUAGUCCCAUAGGUUUUAAGUGUAACAAGUGAAGAAAUCGGAUCAUAAACAUUUGUUCACGCACCUUUUUUCUUCUAAUGUAAUACCUUUACAUUGUAAAAACUUUUAUUGGUGACAACAGUACUGGAAUACGGAAUAAUAUUGGCGGAAGUUGCUAUUUUUGUCUCUUUUUUCAACACAAAGAUAAUAUGUUAAUACACAAUUAGUUUGUUACCAUAGUCAUAUAGCAUAUCAGCUUCGAAAUCCGAGAGUAUCAUUAUCGAUAUGAUAUAUUGUGUAUGUGUAGAGAGAGCGUUCAUGAGCUCAAGUAUAAUUUCGAGGAUGUCCGUAUUUUUAUCUACCUUGAUAGAGGUAUCGCGAUGGAUACACUGAACCUUGAAUUAUAUUAUUUUCCCUGACAUUUUAAUAGUAUUGUGUUGAUUAUUCACGUUUUACAAAAAUAAUUUGAACAAAAAGCAAAAAUAUUAAAGAUGAAAUAUUCUGCAACAUUUUUUGGCAAAUUACACCUUUUUACCAGAAGUCGUUAACUGUAUCAUUAUGACUGGGGUCAUUAGGUAUAAAAGAUGCCGAUCUUCGAACAUUUAAUCCUCUCCUGAUCUCACCAGAUACACCAGGUAAUUCACGUGAUGCUAUUUAAAGGAUCUGAUAAGAAACCAAUAUGAAGAAGGUGGAUAUUUAUUUUAUCAAUUAAAUCCCUAAGCCAAUCCUACAGGUAGAAAGGUUAAGAGAUUACUAGUUUCAUUGCAGAAUAUUUCUGACAUAUUAAGAAAUGUAUUUUAGCGUAACGUCAUUAUCAGGUGAAGUAUGAAAUCAAUAUUCCAUGUCUUUCAUCCACUGCUGUGACCCUAAUGGAAUAAAAUAAAUCUUUGGUUUAUA